AUGAAUUACCAUCUGCCUCGUCGCUCAAAGUCACUGAGGAACCUUCAGGCCGACCCCAACUCGGCGGACUCUGCUCCUCUGCUGGAAAAGAGCCCGUCCCUUGUUAGCCCACAAUCACAGAGCAGCACCUCGUCCAGAUAUCAGCUCUGGCCCUCCAAAAGCCCAGCCGUCCAGUCACGGCCCAUCUUUGCAUCUGACAAGCUUUCUGCUUUGUCCGUUGCCCGCUCUUCUUCGUCGCUCAGCGACACCGUUGUAUCCCAAGAAACUGUCCCCUUUUGGCAGCGAAGCGGUUCUCUAGCUAGAAGACGAAAGGUCAGCGUGCCCGAGCUGGGCAGUACUAUGACAACCGUCCAGGAAAUGCCUAUAGACUCGCCCACCAUCCCGGGACGACCACCCCUACGCAAGGCAUCAACAGAGGUCUUCGGCCAUGAAAGAUCCAGCAGCGCUCCAGGUACAAACUGGCGAGCUGGCCCGUUCGGCGAUGCCCUGAUGUCUUGCGUCACGGGACCUUCCCCAGCACUGGAAGAGCAGCCAUCCUUCGCUCUUUCCACACCGGAACAGCCUAACCGCUUGGACGCACCCGCCACUUACGGAAAGCCACUGUCACCCAUCCUCAGUCCAGGCAUCACCUCGAAGCCGGCUUUGAAGGUAGAUACAGAUGUUAUCCAGGAGGAUGUGGAAUUUCCUCCGCAGGUUCCUCCCAAGUCACCAGCAACAGAACGCAAGGGUUCACCCAGCCCCCUCAAGCUCAACACGAAGUCGAGUCGAUCGCAACUCACAACCCCUGCUACAGCCACUUCCGCCGGCAUGACCCCCAUGAGUGCCCUCGAGAACCGACGAUCACCCAACGUGAACGGCCCACUGCCUACGCCUCUAUCAGCAAUCUCGAACCCAUUCAGUGCUGCUUCUCCAUCCAGCGCCUUGGACCAUCGAGCAUCACCCAAGAUCGAAAGGCGCGACCCCAUCGCCGCGCACAGCUCGCACAACAGGAACCUAUCCGAGUCGUCGGUAAUGGACCGUGGUCGACCUGUCCGAAGAGCUAGUAAGAGGUCACGAAGCCGUACGACCUCAGAGGCAAACGACGAGCCUGCACCCGAUAACUGGCAACUGCCCAAGGGUAUGCGAGUCGCCGACGCUUCACGUCGCAUGCACGAUGCGGAGAAGGAGACUUUGUACAAGCAGGCAUCCGCACAAGCCGAGAAGUUCGAAGUCAUGAACAAGCGUGACGUUGCUUCCAUGUCCAGGGAGCUGAGAGCUCUUGAUGAGCGUUGUGAUUACCUGCGCAAGACCUACAAGUCUUUGCGUGCAGGUCGCCAAAAAUUACACAGUCGCAUGAUCUCCUAUCUCAAGAGAGGAAACACGGUCAUCUUCUCGCGCGAGUCGUUGCUCAAGCAGGAGGAGGCACUGGCUGAGCUAGAUGUUUCCAUCGAUGAGUUCAUUCUCAAGCUAGAGCAAGCAGAGAAUCGACGAUUGCGGCUUCGUCAAAAGCUUCUGGAGCACGUGGCUGCAGCCCUAGUCCUAAACCCGGCUGCACUACACGACAGCUCUGAAACGACGCCACCGAGGAGUCCGGUCAAAGUGGAAAGUCCCUUGCGCAACGAGCGCAAAGAGGUCGAGUCGAUCAAAAUCUACGCGGACGGUCAUGUCCUCAAUCUUUUCUCCGAUAUCGAGCAUGCCAUCGGCAAAAUGUGCGAACAAGCUUACUGA